AUGGCGCCGGUAGGUCGCGCUGACUCCGACGAGUUUUCGGGCGAGCUUGUUUUUUCGAACCGAACGCUUGCGAGCGCGCCCGAGAAUGCGAGUGUGCCGGCCGAGGAAGAUAUCAUGCGCCUCCCCUCUCUGGGCGAGGGGUACAAGAGCAGCCUCUUGGAGCCCAGCACUGCCGCGAGUGGCGGCUCUAGGGCGUCUUUCAUGCGCUGGCAUUCCCAGGGCCACCUUCUGAUGGAGAUGAAGCGCGACGACGAGCGGAUGCGCCGAGAGGCGAAGGCGCUGUUCGAAAGCUCCUCAUGCGGCGAUUCCAUGUGCGAGGGCGAGUUCGGGUCGACGAAGCCCUCCGAGAGCCCGGAUAGCGAUCGGCACGAUUCUCUGGCGCGCCUUAGCACUGUGUUCUUCACUUCCGACUCGCAGCUACAGCCCGUAAACAACGGCGUGGUUUCGUUCUUGCUGAAGACGUUCCGCCAGCUGGACGAGUCGAAGCUGAUUUCCGCUCCUUUUGAGCUCACCUCCGAGAUCGAGGCGUUCCGCAGCCGCAUAUUCGAGGUGAUGAACAAGGAAUUCAACAGCCUCAGCCUGUCGGAGGCGCUGCUCACGGUUGCGUUCAACCACUACGCCGGCGUCUCGCACCCCGGGUACAUGACCCUGGACGAGUACAUGUCGAUGAUGUCGCUGUACAAGGGUGUCUUUGCGAACGAGACGAUGACGCGGUUCGUGUUCGACUCCAUGGACCGGCGGCGGCAGCUGAUGAUCACGUUGAACGACUUCAUCGCCGGCAUGAUGGCCUGCUCCCCGCAGGCAGCCCACAAGGUGACCAGCGCCACCGGCCGCCUGCGCCUGCAGCACAUCUUCCGGGCCUACGACGUCAAGCGCAAGGGCUAUCUGGACCACGACGCGCUCCGCGUGCUGCUGACCCACAUCCAGCAGCUUGCGCGCAUAGCCAACAGCUCGAAGGUGGAACGGAUGCCGAGCAUGAACGGGUCGUUCAUCGACAUACGUCGCAGCGAUUCGCUAUCUGAGUCGGACCCGCAGAGCGCCACCUCCAAUCUGAACGAAGUGUUGGACCUGAUCAUGUCGACGUACGAGAACGGCUUCGGUUACGACGCGUUUUACUCAUCUGUCGAGAGCGGCCUAAUCAAGGACUCGCACCUGCUGUUGCGUUCGGACAAGGAUUUCGCCGAGCUCGUAGGUCAACACCUGAUCCAUGCACUCGGUCGCGUGGUCAUCCCGUCUGAGGUGGCGGCCAAGGCCGAGGUCACACCGCUUCCUGUCGAAACACCACCACCUCAGGAAGAGGAACCUAAGCCCGCCCCAGUCAACGAGGACGUGUCGGGACGAUCCGUUGAUCGCACGAGGAAGCCCUCCAUCUGGUCCUCCGCCAACUCCCCGAGGUCGGCCGAGGCAACAAGUCUGGCACCCUCACCCUACGCCAGCACGUACGCUCGCGAUGGCAGGGUGCAUUCCCUGGAGCCGUUUUACGGCCUCAGCGGCGUGCGCGAAUCUCCCAGGUCCCUGUCUUCAAGGAGCCACUACGGCCUUUCCGGGCUAGGCACCGAUCGCAAGCCGCUGUUCCAACCUGCGCCUCUGAAGGGCGGCUCUUUGGACGCCACAAUACGCCCUUUCAACGAAGACGCGUUCUUCCGGAAGCUGGCUCCGUACACGAAGGCUGGCAACUUCAGGUCGUAUGAUGCCGAUAAUGAACCCCGCCAGCUUGGCGGUAAGGCAUCCGCGUUGGGCUUGGGCUUGGGCAUGGGGAUACCUCAGGGUGCCUCCGCGUUCCAAGGCAGUGCGGCCGUCAGCGAACCCGAACUGCCCGCUGGCAACUUGCUAUCCACCAAGGCUUUGGAAAACGCUCUCAGUGCCACCCGCGGACAAGGUGUUGCACGGGACGUCGUCCCGUUCCUGCCAAAAGGUGAGAACGCGUGGAACCGCGCGAAGAGCGUGGAGUGCCACACAGAGUGGAUGACGUUUCGGAAGCGCGCUGACACUGAUGGCAUCUUGGGGACCUCUCGUAGCGCCGGCUACGCACGCAUCUCCGGCCUGGGUAUGGCCGGAUUCGGCUUUUCAGAUCUAUGCGACCCGGUGAAGGACAAAAUGGGCAUCUCCGAGUCCAUGUUGACCUCCAACUUGAACAUGUCUACAACGCCACCGCAGGACACCACCACCGAGACGUUGGCACUGAACGAUGCCUCGCCCAGCAUGAUCGGGGCGACACUCCGUCGCUCCAACUCGCGGUCGCAGGAGACAACGGAGUGCAAGAUGGACGCGCCAGCUCCGGAGCGCCACAACAGCGUGAGGUUCGAGGACUCCGUGCCAGCGUCGUCUGCCACGGCGGCCUCGGAUUCCGAUCUCGAGGGCAUCCUCAGCAGGCGCCUGUCGGACCUCUGCCGCCGCUACCGCGCGAGGUUCAUCGGGUUCAACAGCUGCAUGCUCGCUGACAGCACGAUCGCGUUGAAGGUGUACGGCGAGAUUUACACCAGGACGUUCAAGUGCCAAGACUAUUGGGGCGUCUUCGAGCGCUUCCACUGGUGCUCCUACAACGAGCUGCUGGAGCUGUGCGACGUCGUUUGCGGCGUCGUCAGACAGGAGGGCAGCGUGCUCCACAUGGAGGGGACUGUGCAGAUGCACGGCCCUCUCAACGGCAGCGUGCUGACGCUGCUGGAAUCGUUCAACUGCCUCGGCUGGCCGUUGCACGGCAACACCGCGGACCGUUCUGUCGCUCGAGCCGUGGAUGCGAGCCAAUACGCCAAGGGCGAGACCACCAAGCUCGUCUUCUUGGGCGACCUGAUCGGCGAGGUCGAGGGCUUUUCCCUGGAGACCCUGUUGGUGCUCUUCUCGCUGAAGGUUCUGUACCCGUAUCACGUGUUCCUCCUGCGUGGUCGCCGGGAGGCCCGUCGUCGUGACUACAAGUCCGCGCUGUUCCGGGAAAUAUACGCGAAGCUGAGCGGCAACGCACGCCAGUUGAAGCUCGCCGACGACGAGGCGCUACUUCUGCAGAGCGCCCAGGAGCUCUACCAUCGCAUAUACGACGUGUUCGAGCACCUGUCGCUUGCAGCCAUCGUGGACGAGCGGGUGCUGUGCGUGCACGGCGCCCUGUCGAAGGCGUUCCGCUCGGUGGAGCAGCUUGCGCGGGUGCGCAAGCCCGUCAUAGUGGAACAGACGUCGGUGAAGGGCGACAACCGGUCCCGCGGCGCUUACGCCAACGUGCACGUGCGGAACGCAUGCUUCGGCACGCUUUCGGAUACCGUGGCCGACGCCUCCGGCGAGCAGUUCCACGCCGACUUCACCGAGAGGGAGUUGGCCUACUGCAUGAGGCGUGGCGGCGUCGAGAUGCUGAUCACCGCGGGCCCGCCGACGGAGCGCGGUUACAGCUACGCGUACGGCGACCGCGUGCUCCAGCUGGGCGGUUACACCCCGGGCGGUAUCUACUCCGCGGCACUGCUCAGGGAACAGCGCAACACGCAAUACGUCAUCACCCACAGGUCGAUCAAGCUGCCAUGA